AUGGAUGUAAAUAGUGCCUUCCUAAAUGGCUAUCUAAAUGAAGAAGUGUAUGAUGAACAAUUAAAAGGGUUCAAUGAUCCCGCCUUUCCAGAUCAUGUGUUUGCCUUAUAUAACCUAAAACUAGCUCCAAGAGCUUGGUAUGAAAGGUUGACUGUGUUUCUUGUCCAUCAUGGGUAUAAAAAGGGUGGAAUUAAUAAAACACUCCAUGUCAAAGAAAAGGAUGGAAAACUUAUGGUAGCUCAGAUCUAUGUGGAUGGCAUUGUCUUUGGUGGGAUGUCGGAUGAGAUGGUCCAACUUUUUGUCAAGCAAAUGCAAUAUGAGAUUGAGAUGAGUUUGGUGGGUGAAUUAACCUACUUUCUUGGGUUACAAAUCAAGCAGAUGGAAGACUCUAUUUUUCUUUGCCAAAGCAAAUAUGCAAAGAAUAUUGUGAAGAAAUUUGGGUUAGAGAACACUAGUUAUAAAAGAACUUCUGCUCCUACACAUUUGAAGUUAUUCAAUGAUGAAAAAGGGGUUAUCAUUGAUCAAAGCUUGUAUAGAAGCAUGAUUGGUAGCCUUCAUUACCUUACAACUAGCAGACCAGAUAUUACUUUUAUUGUUGGAGUAUGUGCUAGAUAUCAAGCAGAACUCAAAGUUAGUCAUUUCAAUCAGGUCAAAAGGAAUUUGAAGUAUGUGAAUGGUACAUGUGACCAUGGUAUACCAUAUUCACAUAAAUCAAACUCUAUGCUAUUGUGUUAUUGGGAUGCUGAUUGGGCUAGAAGUGUUGAUGAUAGGAAGAGUAGAUCUGAAGGGUGUUUCUUUUGGGGCAACAAUCUGAUCUCAUUGUUCAACAAGAAGUAG